AUGGUAGUGGUUCUUUGAAAAAAAAAUCGUUCAUAAUGCCAGGACAAAUCGUGAAUAUUUAAGAGGCAACCGCUUUACUAUUGAGAUUCCAUUACUGUUCCAGUAUCUUAAUAAUAGAAAAAAAGUUAUCACUUACAUUUGAAACUCGGGGUGGAUGUAGUGAUAUCAUCGCAAAAGGUCUAUAUAUAAACUGUGGUUUGGCUGACAGCAUAAAAAACUAUUCGUAUUUUGAAUGAAAACGAAACGGGAAGAAUGUCCUUUCAAUUCAUGUGAAUCUACAGUACUAAUACCAGGAAAGUGAAACAUGAGAAGCAGCAAAUAGUUGUCAGGUAUUAGGGGGAAAAAUGAAGACAAGGGACCAGGAAGGUGCACUACGUACGUGUCAUAACAGAUGUAAGAAGAUGUGUAAAGAAAAAAUAGGUGGGGCAUGGGGAAGCACAUCAGUCGUCAAGGGUGUCAGUUCAGUAAUACUAGUAUUCUUGGCUACCAGUAGGAUAUAAAGAUUCGAGAAUGUCGAGAAUGGAAGUUUUCCCAGUGCCAAGAAAAUGUUAUUUUUUGCUGUAUCAGUGGUGUUUGGUCUCUGUCAUUGUUAGUACUGGCGGAUACAAGGCUCAGAGGUGCCCGGCGCCGUGUCAUUGUGAUUUUACGUCUUUGUCACUGGGAAUUGUCAACUGCUCUUACAGUCCAAUCCGUGCCCUGUCCCUCGAUAUACUUAUUCCACGUAACACAACUGUGCUGGAUCUACGUUACACCGGUCUGACUGAGAUCCCACCGCACGCAUUUAGUCAACUGGAGAAUUUAAAAGUACUGUACGUCGGAGGGAACGAUAUUACACACUUUCAUGAGGAUAGUUUUGCAGGUUUAUGGAAUUUAGAACACUUAGAUUUGUCUCCACUUCAUCCAGGCACAAAUUUUGAUUAUGAAGCGUUCCCCGUGAACUUGUUCCACAAUUUAACAAUGUUAGAAGUUCUGAUAUUUGGAGAAAUGAGCACCGGCGCGCUGGUGCAGCAGGAUUAUUUAGACCAAACAAUAGCUCCCUUACAUCGAUUGCAACAGUUGUAUAUUCCAGGUCUACUUUGGCACAAUUUGAGAUUUGGUCCUGGUUACAGCAAUCUCACGUCACUUCGAACUGUGAUGUUCAAAGGAGAUGGAAGUAAAACAUACCUAAGAAGACGCGAUUUUGUCAAUUUAAAAAAUUGUCCUAUCGAACGUCUGGCUUUCAUAGGCUGUGGACUUAGCGGUGUAGAAUACGGUACACUGUCUUCAUUUCCUCAAUUGAAAACACUGGACAUUGAGGUUGCUAACUUUAUCUCAGUGAGAGAGGUCGAGCAGUUUAUCUGUGACCUCAAGAAUACCUCAAUAGAAUCACUUCGCUUGUGCAACAUAUUUUCAAGACAACAAGGGAAAGCGCCGGUUUCACAGUGGGUUGUGUCUGCUAACACUUUUCACUGUUUGAAAAACACAUCACUUAAGACGUUGGAAUUAUUGCGUGAUAGAAUUGAAGCGUUUGACUAUCAAAAUCUUCUUUUUCUGACUCAUUUAGAAUAUGUAGAUUUGUCUGGUAACAACCUUUUAUUUUCCUUACAAAAUGGUUCAGACAUAAAUGGUUGGCGUCCUAUAGCCCGUACACUUCUAUUACUUCCUAACUUAGUCUUUUUAAGGAUUGACAACAAUCUUCAUGACACAACUAAGGUGACUGCCCAAGAUAUUCCACCAUACUCCUUUUGGUAUGGCCGUCCAGAGGUACCUUUAGAACCAGCCAAACAUGUAAGUCCUUUGCACAAAGUACAUCAAGACCCCUUACACAACUUAGAUUUACAGUACCCGAUUUUGAAAGUUAGUUUGCCUGAAAAUUUAGAAUUUUGGUGUACCAGCUGGUGGGCUUCGCUUACUUAUGAUAUUGUCAAUUAUGACACAGUCCAGGGGUCAAUUCUAUUCUCUCCAAACAAGCUUAGAUAUCUCAAAUUAGAGGGCAUACCACUUAAAGCCCUUCCUUACGUCAUUUAUGGUUUAGAUAGACUUGAGUUUCUGGAUAUUUCUCAUGGUGGUUGGUACUUUGUUCCAAAAACUUUUUUCAAUAAUUUCAUCUCACUGAUAUACCUGUAUUUGAAAGAUAACAAUUUAGGACCUUUGAUUGCUAAAGGUGGUCUACAUCCAAUGCAACUCUCACAUUUAGAAAUCCUCGAUUUAUCAGUGAACAAAAUAAGCACAAUACCAAAAGACUUUUUCCGCUAUCUUGUAUCCUUAAAACGACUGGACAUCAGCGACAAUCGGAUAUCAAAAUUAUCUUUUACCAUGACAAAUUUUCACUCCAUAGAACUCAUAGAUAUAAGCACUAAUCAACUAACUACCUUGUCGACAUCGGAGUUGGACUUCAUUAGGAAGAUGAAUGCCAGUAGUUUGAAUGUUACUUUGAACGUAAUCAACAAUCCCAUGGACUGCAACGUUUGUGACGGGAGAGGAUUUCUCCACUGGAUUGUCUCUUCCAAUAUGACGAUUAUAUUCUCCAACGACUCCACUUGCUACGUGAACGGAUCUAAGACAAGCUUAGAGAGUAGCCUGAGAAGACUUGAGAGGGAAUGCGACAGCUCUCCACAGACGAUCAUUUCAUCAAACCAGUGGCUUUCCUUGGGAGCAUCUAUUGGUAGCAUAUCUGCUGUUGCCUGUGGUCUUAUAGUAGCUUACAUUUACCGUUGGAAUAUUAAAUACCGCUUCUUCCUUCUUCGCCGCCGUUUUCGAAAGAGAGGUGUCAUUACUGCAACACCUGGUCACGUGUACGCCUCCUAUGACGACAACGAUUAUUACUGGGUGACGCACGUGCUGUUGCGUCAUCUAGAAGAUGAGGAUCAACUUGAUGUCAUCAUAGAUCAAAGAGAUUUCAUUGGUGGUGCUUCACUUUCCGAGGCCAUCGUAGAGGCUGUGGAAAACAGCAGGAAAACAGUACUUGUUCUGUCUGAGAGCUACGUUCUCAAUCCUUGGUGUGAGUUUGAGUUUCAGAUGUCCCUUGCUCGUAGUUAUCAAUCAGUAAUCCCGGUUAUGUUUCAGCCUGUGCCAUUUGAUGCUAUGACGAAAUCGCUGCGAAAGUACAUUAGGGCAAGAGGGUAUAUAAAGUGGACUGACAACCCAGAAGGACAACGUUUGUUCUGGAAUCGCCUCUCCGACGCAAUAUUUGAUGUGAAUAAUCCACUUGAGCAAGUUGAUGAAGACGAGAUAACUUAACUUAUGUGACUGAAGGUUUUGUUUUUUUGUACUGUUUUGAUAACAUGUACUUGUGGCUUAUGUAUUGUAGAUCUGAUCGAAAAACUGUGUGGAUUUAUUGAGCAAGUCAACCGGGAAAUUAACAAUAUUACUGUUGUCGCAUGAAGUGGCACCAACUUAAAUGAUCUAGUUGUUCAUUAAGUUCCUACCAGACACUUGCGAUCAGUAGAUCGACUGUUACUUAAACCUGAAAGAAAUGCGCCUUUAAACUCAUGGGGACAUCCCUUUUAAGUCAGCUGGUCCAGUGGGUAUAUGCUACCAAUUUAAAUCCACUCAAUUGAAUUAACUCAUAAUUUUAAAAAGGAGUUCAAAACCUUUUCAGGAAAUGUUAUUAAUUAUUAUCUUAAUUGUAAUUGGCUUUAUGUUAGGAUUUGGUAGUUUUUUUUUGUACUGUACAUGAAUCGACUGACAAUUUUAAAAAUGAUUUUGACACAUCUUUUUAGGAAAUGUAUUUAUUUAUUAUCUAAAUAGUAAUUGGCCUUAUGUGAGGAUUAGAUUGUUUUUUAAUCUACAAUGUUAAGCUUUUUAAAUAUUUUUUACACAUCUUGGUAAUUAUUAUCUUAGGUUCUUGUUUUAUGUAGAGUUUACUGAAUAUUUUAAAUGGAUUUUAGACAUUAAGGAUUAUUAUCAUAUAUUAUGUCUUUGUUGCAUCAAUGGAUAUUUUAACCGAAAUGAAGUAGAAAUAAGUGCAACACUGUAGUCGUA